CGCGUUGCAACUUCUUAUCUGGUGCGCGUCUUUUAUUUUUGACAGCAAAUGCGCACCCGUGGACCACUUAUGUGCACCCCUGACUAUAAGCCUCAUUUGCCGAAUCAAACAACCAUUCAUGCAUGUGCUGUAUCUAACAUUCGAACUCGCACUACUCAAGGAUACUCUCACAUGGGAGAGGCAAUCCACUGAUUCCGAUUGGCAGGAGACCCACUCCACUCUCUUGUUUUACUGCUGUUUGUCAUUAAUUUUUUCUACUCUCUCACAUAGUUUCUGUUUGUCUGUAAUAGCUCUCUAUGCUUUCCUUUUCUGUCUACUCUUUUUCUCCACCCCAACUCAUCACAAUAGAUGGCUACCCCUCACAGAAUCUGGUUCUCUCAGAGGUUGUGUUUUUUUCCUGAUAAGAGGGAGUUCUUCCUCCCCACUGUUGUCAAGUGGUUGCUCAAAGUGGAUCUUACUGUUGGGUUUUUUCUCUCAUCUGACAGCGUAAAGCACCUUGAGGUGACUUUUGUUGUGAGUUGGUGCUAUAUAAAUCGUGUCUUGUAUUGAAUUGUGGAAACACUAAAAUCUAGGAGGAGCAUAAUAUCAAUACAGUGUGUAUGAAAUAAUAAUAAUCAUGCUCCGUCUACCAGCAUACAGUAGAGAGAGAAUUCGUGCCAACCAUGGCACCUUAUGUCAAGCAAAAAUGAUUUAGCAUGAAGUGAAUAAUAGUGCAGUAAUUAUUGUAGCUGGAUUAUAUACGACUCUGUCAACUGCAUUUCCUACCGAGCUGAAAUGUGCUUUCAUCACGGACGGUGAAUAACAACACGCUGCCCGGCUUCUUUAUGACUUUUGGCAGCUUCUGAUUGCAUUUCCCAUGUCGUACAUUUGAAGAGGGCUUUUCCCCUAAGAGCAGCAUUUAAUGCAACAUAUCACCAUCCAUCAGCGCUGUGCCAGCCAAACCCACCAUCUUGAUCCAAAAGUAACAAAGCAGCACAGUCAGCCGCACAACUUGUUUGUGUUUGGCUAGGUUUCAUGUCCUCCAAUUGUUUCUCAGGGACUGCACCGCUUAGCAUAAAGAUUUUACUCCCAUCGUAAUAAAUGCCACACAUACUUGAGAGGUUGUUUUUUCCAAACAGUGGUCUUCUUGAUAAAGGACUGGAAAGAACUUCAAAGGCUAGUAUUAUUCAUCUCAGUAGCUGUGCAGAAACCUACCACUUGCCUCUUAGACUGCUUAUUAAAUAUCAUUAAGAUUAUUGAAUCCAUCUUUGUGGACUGUAUAUGCAACAAAGAGCUAAAAUUGUUACUUUAACCCCACUUCUUACUAAUUUCACAUGGCAAACAGAACGUUUCAGGCGAACAUCAUAAGUGCAUUUUUAUCAGUGUUGCAGGAAAUGACAAAGACGCAGCUGUUGACAAAGUAAAAUAUGUCCGUUCCAGAGGCAAAAUGUUUGUGUCCACAUACCAGUGAUUAAUUUUCCCUCCCUCCUUUGUUUUGCUAUGUAGAAAAUGUAGAUGAAUGUUUUUGAGUAAUGUGAGGAAGUCUUUAAAGCAUUUUUGAAUAAUGUGAGGAAGUCUCAAAAGCCAUAUGGACUGUUGUGUUAUGAAGGCCUGUUUGGCACUACUUCUUGGGCAUUGGUGUUCCUGAUUUCCAGCUGGGGCUUUGUGCUUCCGAUCCUCACGGUACCACUUUGGAUCAGAACCAGCUACACCAUGGUUUCACCCAGUUGGCAGUUUAUCUGUUCUGUUUUAUCUCUCGUCAAACUCUGCGUGGAUUCUCUAGCGAUUGGUUGCUUAUUUUCUCGAUGAACUCACCCUGAGCCAGUUAUGGAAAUUAUAAUUGGUUCAGGUCUCAGUGGAGACUCAUUCCAGUGGGAGACUGUGUGGGACCAAAAUGGAAAAAUGUGACAUAGAUGUCAAAGCCCAUCAGGUUUCAUUCUAGUUAAAGAAGAUUGUUUUCACGUCAUCAGUUAAUAUUGGAGAAAUCGGGAUUAGGGGGACACUUCUGUAAAUCUUACACAAGAUUGGGGGCUUUUUUUUUCUUUUUCUUUUUUAAACUUUUGUUGGGGUCUCUUUCUAAACUUUAAAUCUAGAGCUGUGUAAGUUGUAUGGCUUUUCUGUGUUUGUAUUGCUCAUGAGAGCAGCACUAAUCUUUCUAUCCGUAGUCAAUCAUGUGUUUCAUUAGCAUAUUGAUUUAUCUGCAUGACACACAAUAGCCUGACUUUCAUUUUUUAUUGGCUCGGGACUGGAAAUUGCCUUUCUUUUGGCUUGGAGAAGCCAACUUUAAGAAAUAUAUGAUGGUAAAUCUUGUUAAAAGGAGCUUUUGCUGAUCUCAGAACAUUUGCUCAUAUUUGAAUUGUUCAGCCUGUUCACAGUAACCAUUAAAGUGCAGGUUUACGGGCUUUGCUUUCAACCCAAACUGAAUUGGAAAGAUGGCGCUGAGCAAGUUGUGCUGAAGUGCAUUUUAGUGGGAAUGCAUUUAAGCCCAAGAUUAAUGUGUCAGGAGAUACUUGAAUGGUUUUUUAAAGUUAGUGGAAAUGUUUGCAUGUGGAAAAUGGAACUCCAGUAAAAUCAGCCUAAAUGUCUCGCCUAUGUUGAACUCUGCCUUAAUAAUUCCCCAAUAUCCCUUUUCCUACUUUAUGCAUACUAGGAACACAGAAUAGUUGUAAUUGUUCUUGACUUAUAGUCUGCUGUUUUUUCUUCCAGCUGAAUAAAAGAGAAAAUUAAUGUUUCCUUAGGUAUAUUAAAAAAUGAAAAAAACAAAAAAACAAAACCCAAACACAAUUUCCUGUGGCAUUCCUUUCUUAAGACCUUUUCGGCUCUAAAUUCUUAGAUAUCAGGGCCGAGAACACAGCGGAGGAAUGGCCUGAUGGCUGCUUUGGUGUGAGAGGAAGAAUUUGAACCUGUUUGAACCUCAUCAGUUUGCUGUACAAAGCUGCUUUAGUGCUUAGAGGAAGACAAAUCCCCUACCUGCAUUCAGUAAUGCCUGCUAUCUCGGCUGCUUUUAAAGAAGGGGUAAACUGAGAGUAUGUUUGGCUUAGAGAAGAAAUCUGUAACCAAGCUCUGAAGUUGGGGUCAACUUCAGGAAUGCUACAAAAGUAGAAAGGAAUGAAGACACAGACACACUACACAAAAAGGUAACAUGUAAGUUUCUGAAAUAUGUGCAUACAACAGAAAAGGAAUAGGAAAUGUGUACAGUAACUGUGUGAUUCCCAGACACGAUGAUGUUUCCCGUAAAGACGAUGCAAACUGCAGAGUUUGAAACUGGGAGCUGAAUAAAUUUGCUUAUAAAUGAGGAGUUCUCCUAAAUGCUUAAUGUGGUACGUGAAGACAAGUGCCUUGGCAGAUAAAUAGUUUAUAAUUAAUUCAUUUGUUAGCUUAAUUAGUGAAUUCAUCAGCAUUGCCGGCAGUUAUGUUUAUAAUGAGGCAGUAAGCAGCUCGGCUUCACCUCGUGUGAUCUGGUGGAAACAUUUGGUGGUUACCUUUGUGAUACUCUUUAUUCCAAGCUGUUCUUUAAGUCAGUCAUUUUCUGCAUUCUGAAAUUUUUAAGGGAGAGAAAGAAGAGCAUUUGAGGCACUGAUGUCUCUUUUGAAUAUGUGCAGAGUAUAUGUGUGUCUGUGGAUGUUGUAUAGUUCUACAGUCCUACCUCUAAGUAGACAACUCACAUGGUCAGCGAUAGCCAAGCUGACAGUCAGGUGGUGAUGGUCCUCUGCAGAGCCUUUUCUCUAGACAGAGACUUGUAAGUCAUUAUUAUUAAAGUCAUUAUUCUUUUUCAUUUUAGUUUUAGUCUAAAUACACCACUAGGACCGAUUUUAACACCAGCUGUACAAUAUACACAUUUGGGGUAGUAUAUCAGCAUUGCACAUUAGUAUAUGACUUUAUCCUGUUUUUAAAUCACCAAAUGUAGAGAUUGGUUUUGGUAUCAAUAGCUGUCAGGCUCUAAUUAUCAUCACAGUGAUUGUUCCUGAUGAUGUAACCUAAAUAUCUGACUUUAGUCACCUCCUUUAGUACUCGAGCUCCCAAACAGAAUGAGAGGAAAUUUGGCCUCAGAUCCUCUCUGGCUGAACCGAUCAUUAUUAGAAUUGAAUUUGAUGUCACACUGCAAACCCUGAGCAGUUCCUGUAAGUCUUUUGUGAGGAUACUUCUGCUCUUGACAUAUUUUAUUGUCACAGGAACUGUCAUUGUAGGCUUAUGGAGUACAGACAUUAGCUGUGAGUGGCAAAGGUUAAGAAUGGGCCCUGCAAAAUAUGCACAGUAUUUGUCUUCAUGUUAUAACAUCAGUCCACACACUGUACAACAGAGUGACAAAGUAGCAUCAUGUUUUCUGCUCUAAUGCUGCUAUCAGUGUUUCCUUAUCUUUUUGCUUUGUUAUCAGGUUCAACUCAUCAGAUUAGGCUGUUUGCUGGUGUCAAUGUGAAUUGUCAGGCAAAACGGUGAAACAGCAGAAGAUGUCAAACUCACAGUUUGUGUAUAAUUGUGCACGACAUGGAGCUGUGCAGCCCCAAAGUUAAGUAGAUUUGAUGGAUGUAGUCUAUGUCUGGGUUGGUGAUGCCUGUCAGCGCUGACGUGCACCUCAUCAAUGCCACUGAUCAGCUCCCCGGGGUGCCGACCAGCUCAAUGGAGCUGAAGGGCACUGUGUCCUCUAGCGUGGAGUUGUAUAAAUGCUGGAGCCGCUGCUCUUUGCUUUCCGAGUCCUGCUGGACUUUGUACGAGGAGCAGUUUUUAAGAAGUAAAAAGAAGAGGGUUUUAGACACAGGUGAGGCAUCGAAAGAAAGGAGAUCACAGAGUGCGCUUUAGCCCCAGUUGCAAUGGAGGACAGUGACCACGAGCAUUCCUCUUCAUCAGAUGAACAAGACUCCUGUCCAGCUUCCCCUAAUCAGAGCAGACACCAUGAUCAUGAUCACCAUGAACAGCCCUCAAGCCAUUCAGAUGACUCAGAAGUGGAAAACAUUAUGCAGGACCCUCAGCAUCAUGGUGGGCACGGUCUCCGCCAUCACAAGCAUCACCACCAUCAUGACCCCGAGGCUCAUGAUGCGGACAGGCAGGCCGAGGGCAAUGACCGCCCCCACACCCCGUCAUAUUUGCGGCCCCCCGUGGCCGGCAGGGCCCAGUCAGAUUCAGGUUCAGACACCGGUUUGCCACAAAGCCGAAGCGUGGAGUUUGACUUGCCGUCCCCCGUCAGUCCCUCCAGGCCAAAGAGCCCCUGGGUUCGAUUUGACCCAUACGACAGUAGCGAGGACCAGGACAAGGAGUACGUGGGUUUCGCAACGCUGCCAAACCAGGUGCACCGCAAGUCUGUCAAGAAAGGAUUUGACUUCACGCUCAUGGUAGCAGGUGAAUCUGGCCUGGGAAAGUCCACCCUGGUCAACAGUCUGUUUCUCACAGAUCUGUACAAAGAUAGGAAGCUGCUCAAUGCAGAAGAGAGAAUCACACAAACGGUAGAAAUCACCAAACAUACGGUGGAUAUAGAGGAGAAAGGUGUCAAAUUGAAACUCACCAUUGUGGAUACCCCUGGGUUUGGGGACGCCGUGAACAACACUGAAUGCUGGAAGUCAGUGGCUGACUACAUUGACCAGCAGUUCGAGCAGUACUUCAGGGAUGAGAGUGGCCUCAAUCGCAAGAACAUCCAGGACAACCGCGUACACUGCUGCCUCUAUUUCAUCUCACCCUUCGGUCACGGCCUCCGACCUCUGGAUGUGGAAUUUAUGAAGGCUCUCCAUGAGAAGGUCAACAUUGUCCCAGUCUUGGCCAAAGCAGACACACUCACCCCUGGUGAAGUGAAGAAAAAGAAAAUUAAGAUCAGAGAGGAGAUUGAGCAGUACGGUAUAAAGAUAUACCAGUUCCCCGACUGCGACUCUGAUGAAGAUGAAGAUUUCAAGCAACAAGACCAUGAGCUGAAGGAAAGCAUCCCCUUUGCAGUAAUAGGCAGCAACACCGUGGUGGAGGCCAAAGGGAAGAGGGUGCGAGGCCGUCUGUACCCCUGGGGUAUUGUAGAAGUGGAAAACCCAGCACACUGCGAUUUCGUGAAGCUGAGGAACAUGCUCGUUCGCACGCACAUGCAAGAUCUCAAGGACGUGACCCGAGAGACUCACUACGAGAACUACAGAGCUCAGUGCAUCCAGAGCAUGACCCGCAUGGUCGUCAAGGAGCGCAACCGCAAUAAGCUAACCCGGGAGAGCGGCACAGACUUCCCCAUCCCAGUGGUGCCCGGAGUGGCCGAGACCGAGACGGAAAAGCUCAUCAGAGAGAAAGAUGAGGAGGUACGGCACGCCGACCACGAACUGGAGUCGCAUCACGACCACGAGCAUGACUCUGCCCACAAUUUUGAUCACCACGAGCACUCAGACCGUCAGCCCAGCCCGGAGAGGCACUCAGAUCACAAAGGCGAUGAAGCUCUCUGAGUAUCUUUAGCUCACAGAUGAUGUGUUUACCCAAAAACAUUUUUUUUUAAGUCCAGUCAGAUCACGUUUUGUGAAACUCACAAGAAAACAGUCUCAUAAACAGGAACUGGUUUAAUUAUAGAGUAAACCUGUAGCCUUUUGGAGCUUUAAACUGUGACUAGGAAAAGAGAUUGCCCCUUACACUCUCUGGAAGCACCAGGAUGUUUAUAACCACGCCAUCAUCCAGAGUUUCAGGAUGAACCUUCUCAGGAUUAAAGAAAGAAAAGCUGAAUGUAACAUGUGUUCCUGCACCUGAGCUCAUAACAUCUGUGCAUGGCAGGUCAGAGAAGGUGGGAAGGAUAAUGAUGGGAAAGUGUUAAGACUGACAGAAAAAACCUGGUGUUAGUGGGUAUUUAAAGGGCUACAUGCUGUGCAAUACUGUGAUGCUUAGUGGAAGUAAAGUAGCAUAAAAAAAGUAGGGAAAUUUGUGUUUGGUUGAUUGCUUCUUUGAUGUAACAAUGCUUCCAGGUAGUAAACCUUGUAUCCUUAUAUCUUAUGCAUUUGUCAGUCAAGCAGCAGAGUUGAGCCCAUGAAAAUCUUCCCUGCCAAUGCCAAACAGCUAUGAUAUUGACUCUUGUUUGGUGUAAUUUAAUGGAUUAGAUUAUUUAAGUCUGAAGAAACAAAACAUACUUUAAUUGUUUAAUACAACCCCAAUGACCUGGCACCCUCCUCCUCAUGCUAGUCUCCAGUUUGGUCACAUCCUGUUCUUCAAUCAGCAUUUGUCCCAAAUCAGCCAAUGUUAUGUUGGUCAUUAUGGCCCAAGCUGAUCCCGCAAACAUGCCACUUACAGGUUUUUGGGAUCAGGGGUAAGGUCAGGACGGAAGGUGGGCCAUUUCAUCCUCUCCACUCCCAAAAUCUGGAGGUAGUCUCUGAUAAAGUCUUCUCUGUGGGGUUGGGGGGAUUGUCAUCUUAGAGAAUAGUGUCUGCACCAGUGUCUGCACAUGUUGCAGACACUGGUGCAAAGGAGCCUGAUGGUGAAGGCCAGUCAUGGUGUCAGAAGCUCAAAACAAGAGUCAAUAGCAGAAUUAAUCAUCUCUGUGGCAGAGAAUGUUUUUAAUGCACAUAACCCACAUGCUUAAAUCCGCUGCUCAACCCACAGAUGUAUUUUCAUUACAAAUGUGACACCAUUUAACAGGAAAUAAACAGGCAUUCCCUCAGUGUAAGAUUUAUUACCAAGCAGCAUCGUUGCAACACAGAAAUAAUCAACCAAACCCAAAUUUCCUUACUUUUUUUUUGCAAAGUUUAGUUAUAAAUAUUACUGUUGUGAAGAGAAACCUUCCUUAUAGAUUCCUUUUUAUUUUGGGUUUGUAGAUGCUAGACUGUUGCCUUGUUAAUGACUGUUUUGAGUCUCAGGAAUAGACGGUUGUAAAUGGUUUUAAUGUUGUUCUGCAAUCAUAAUGAGUUAAAUAAGCUAUGUCAAUACCAGCCCACUUCCCUCUGCAACACCAGACCGUGCAAAAUCUAUUUAUUUCAUUAAAUAAAGAGUCUUAUUUUUU